GUCACUUAUCUCCGGUCACUCCUCCUGGCAGUGAUGGCGGAAGUGGACGAAACCGACAUCAUGAUGAACUACCACGGAGACUUCUUAAAAGGCGACAAAAAAAACAACCGCUACCCGUAUUGCAUCGUCUGGACGCCUAUUCCUAUUUUAUCGUGGGUGUUCCCCUUCAUUGGUCACAUGGGUAUAUGCACCUCUGCUGGAAUUAUACGAGAUUUUGCAGGAUCAUACUUUGUCUCGGAAGAUAACAUGGGCUUUGGAAGACCUACAAAGUAUUGGAAGCUUGAUGUGGACAAAGUUUGUGGCAAUGGAGCUGCUAUAUGGGACAAAGCAGUGCACGACGCCUCUGAGGAAUACAAAUGUAGGCCGCACAAUCUGUGCUUAGAUAACUGCCAUUCCCACGUUGCCAUGGCCCUCAACCUUAUGCGCUACAACAACAGCACGUCUUGGAACAUGAUAAAACUGUGUGCGCUGUCUCUUAUUCAUGGAAAACAUGUGAGCUGGGCGGCCUUCCUCAAGACUUGGCUUCCCUUCUUCAUGAUCUUCGGAAUUCUCGGCACGUUCAUCUUCACGUUCAACCUGCAUUAAGGGACCAGGCAGGCAAUCGGGAGGACUCACAGACUUUGGCUAAACUUUAUACAUUGUCUUCGGCUGUUGACAUGAAAUUGUUUUGACGGGACAUUUGUUUCAUGUACACAAAAUCCAGAUGAUGGACUUCAUUGUGUGUUAGGGAUCUAUUCUCUAGGGGGGUAUUUAAGGGCAAACCAUACUGUAGCUGUCUGUGCGUAGUUUUGAAAUCAAUAGUAUGUUUUUACCAUUUAUUUUAUUUAAGUUUUUAUGAUUGAAUUGUUUUUUUAUACAGUGGGUUCUGUGUUUAUGUUUUGUUUAUCUGGGGGAUUAUAAAAUGGUUAUACCACAGAACUGUUGAGAUGUACUUUUCCAAGAAUGGCAAUGAUGAAUGUGUUUUCUGACUGGCUAAUGUUCAUAUCGGUGAGGAAUAACUCUAAAAUUGAUCAAAAAAUCUUAACGCUAAAAGCAUUCAUCAACUAUUUGUGUAGGAGUUAUGAGACGCUACCAAAAAGAGAUAAGGAGGACCCAUCUGUGAAAAACCGAGGUACUGUCAUGCUGUAAAAAACCUACAUUAAAUCCCGUUUCUUUUGGUGUAUAAAUACAAGUAUAUGUUUUA